AUGCGCCAAGCUGCCGCUCUCCUUGCCGACAAAGACAUCAAAGAAUCCAAAUGCACUUCCAUUUUCCGAAAUGUCAUUGGUCUCAACAAUGUCGGUGUUGGAAAAUACGCUGCAUUAAACAACCUCAUUGGUCAGACAUGGAACAAGAAUGGAUAUGCCAUUGUUUUUCAAAGAACCACUUGUGCUACAGUUUUUACCCAGGCAAUAUUUGUGGAAAGGUGCAAGUUAGUUGAUGCUAGAAUGAAUGCAAUGGACUUGAGGCGAUGUAUAAUUGUGGUUGUUGAUGUUGUCAUAACAAGCUUGAAAAGCAUAGGUCAGAUCAAUGUAUCAAAUUUUUAG